ACAGCGGCGAUGGAUCCCGGAGCCCGCCCGGCCGGCGGCGGCGCCCCGGGGCAAUCCCGCGAGUACAAACUGGUGAUGCUGGGCGCGGGAGGCGUCGGCAAGAGCGCCAUGACCAUGCAGUUCAUCAGCCAUCGCUUCCCGGAGGAUCACGAUCCCACCAUUGAGGAUGCCUACAAAAUCCGGAUACGCAUCGAUGAUGAACCUGCCAACCUGGAUAUUUUGGAUACAGCAGGACAGGCAGAGUUCACAGCCAUGAGGGACCAGUACAUGAGGGCUGGAGAGGGUUUCAUCAUCUGCUACUCCAUCACGGACCGGCGCAGCUUCCACGAGGUGCGCGAGUUCAAGCAGCUCAUCUACCGCGUGCGCCGCACCGACGACACCCCCGUGGUGCUGGUGGGCAACAAGUCUGACCUCACCCAGCUGCGCCAGGUGUCCAAAGAGGAAGGCUCUUCCUUAGCACGGGAAUUCAACUGCCCCUUCUUUGAGACAUCAGCUGCGUUCCGCUACUACAUCGACGACGUGUUCCACGCGCUGGUGCGCGAGAUCCGCCGGAAGGAGAAGGAGGCCGUGAUGGCCAUGGAGAAGAAAUCCAAGCCCAAAAGCAGCGUCUGGAAAAGACUCAAGUCCCCCUUUCGUAGAAAGAAGGAUUCGGUCACUUGAACAGAAAAUCCCUCUGCAAAACAGGACAAAAGCUGUGACCCUUUGUAGCCAAAGCAGCUCGGUGCCAGCGCUGACAGGAUGUGUGACACCUGAGGGGACUUCGUGAGGGAGUGUGUAACUCUGCCAGUUGUUUUUGUUUAGAACCGUGUUGCCUUGAUUCUGGGUGUUGAACUGCAGGCCCAGUGACAGUUGUACUUUGUUGUCAUUUUUUACUGGACCCAGCACGUGUUGGCCACCAAGGCCGGUGGGUUCAUGGCCCUGCACUUUGGAGUGUUUGUCCGUGGUCACAGUGCCCUGGAAGCUGAACUGUGCAAAGCACUGCUGGAGUUCAGCCUCUCUGAAUCCGUGCUUUUCCCAGUUGUUUGCACAAGAGGAUUUUGCUGCUCUCCAGAACAACAACCCACAGGUGAUGACAAAGUGUCAUGGCCUUGGAGGUCACCAGGCAAAGUUGGGCUUCUUGUGCCCUCAUGGAAUAGAUUUCUUUCCAGGAAAAUUGAUGUGGAAUGCUUGUGUGCAAGUUCAUCCAGUUGAUCAGUUCAGCAGCAGUGCUGUAGGUGGGAUGUAAACAAGCCAGAAUCACAGAAUCAUUUAAAUUGGCGAGACCUCUGGGAUCAUCGAGUCCAACCUGUGACCCAGCACCACCCUGAGCAGAGCAUUCAGUGCCACAUCCAGUCCUUUAAACACCUCCAGGGGCAGUGACUCCACCACCUCGUGAGCAGCCCCUUCCAAAUUCCAUCACCCUUUGUCAUAAAGGCAAGCUGUGGUUGCUGUGGCAGCUGUGACUUGGCAGCAGUGCAGGAAUGUGUGGGGUUUUUCUGCUGCAAACAGCACUGAAGGUGCUGCCACAGCACAUGGAGUGUGCUGUGCUGGAGAAACCACAGCUUGAAGCUUCCUGGCUUGUUACAAAUCCUGCUGGGAGUGGGGCAUUGGCUUCUUCAGUCACUUUUGUGUCAUCCUGAAGGAAGCAGUGACUCUGGGGAGUGAAGUCUCUUGACAGUCAUUCCCAGCUCCACUGUGGGGCUGUUUUACAGAGAAAAUGGCUGAUCUGAGGGUCUGGGCCCAGAACUGACAUUCCCUGGUCCAGGAGAGGCUUUCCCCAGUGCAUUCUGAGCAUUGCUGGAGCAGAGCAGGGAAGCACAGGCCCAGCAGCUCCUCCCCUCCCUGACCUCACCUGUGCAGGUGAUCCAGGCAGGGCUGGGGCAGUUUCUGAUGCUCAUAAAGAACAAUUUGCUUGUGAGGAAGAUCCUCCACACAUGGGGACUCUGUGCCCUCGAGCUGAUUGAUUUUACAGCAGUUUUGGGAUCAGGUGCCUGGUGCUCCUCUGGAUUUUGCUGUUUAACAAUAGGACAGAUUACAGCUGGGUAACUCAGACGUGGUUAAAAGCAGUUUCUCUGAUCCAAGUGCCUGGAAUCCUUCAGUGUGAGAGUGAAAGAGCUGAUGACACUUAAGUGAUCUUCCUGAUCACCUCUCAGAUCUGUGCAGUAAAUUUAUGCUGCAUGGGACAGUGCCAUCCAAACUGAAAACCCAGGUGUAAAAGGAUUGGUAAAGGUAGUGAGGAUAAAAAGUUUAAAAAUCCCCAUAUAUAUAUAUAUAUAUAUAUAUAUGUAAAAAACUUCCUUAUUACCCAAGAUAGGACUGGAAAUCCUGUGCCUGUUGA